CCAGUUACGUCUGGUCGUAAAAAAUAGAAACUUCCAAGAUGGCCGAGGCCGUGGACUCCAUGCAUUUCGCAGCCAACAGCCAAACAAAUUCCCCCCAAGCGCUGUUAGCUAAACGGCCGCCGGAGAGCCGACCGCAGUGUUCCAGCGACAUUCCCCCGCCGCCACCAAAGAAGGUUCGCGUGGAGGAGAAGCGGCCCAAGCACCGGAAAGUCAACGGAGAGGUGUGCGCAGAUGAAAAACACAACGGGAAACCGAGUUGUGGGAGCCCACCGAAAUGGAGUUUCGGCCCGGCCAAGGCGAGUCACUCCGCCGCCCCCACCACCACCGCCUCCGCCGCCGCGGUGGUGCUGCCAGGAGCAGCGACUCCCGCUCGGAAAAUCUUCAAAAUAAGCAACUUCCUCGCCUCGCCGUCCAAAGAGAAACGGGCGAAGGACAAGCGGCACAGGGAGAAAAGCGGCGAAGCGCAGCGCAGUUCGGCCGCGGCUGUGGAGAAAGUCAGCCCCGCUAGCUGCCAUACAAAGACCGAGAACGGCGACGUGAAGACGCCACACAGAGAUCACAGCGGCAAGGACAAGGAGCGGGACAGCAAGAAGGACAAGAGCGGCAAAGAUUGGAAAAACCACAAAGUGCCGCCAGAACGUGACGUUUCAAAGGAAAAUGGAGAAGUGGUGUUCCCUCCUCAGAGAGAGCCCAUGGAGAAGCCCAAAGCCAGUUCCCAAGAAGAACUCUUGCUCAAAAAGCUUAAGAAAAAGAAGAAAAAGAAGCACAAAGACGGCGAGCGAGCCAAAGAGCGGCACGGCCGGCCCAAAAUGUACCACCGCUCGUGCCAGACUGUUUAUUCCGGAGUCUCUCUCGGAUUGGCCGAGUUCCUCAGCCGAAUUAACGGCAACAGCGGCAGCGGCGGGGGACUGCAUCACAGCGUGCACCACCAGGACCCUCUUUCCAUCCCCGCAGUGGUCAGGGACAGACUAGGCUACAGCUCACCGCUCCACUGCACGCCCACGCCGAGUCUUCCCGGACUGGAGUUCAGUCACUUGAUCCACGUAGAGAUGCAGGCCAACGGCGGCGCGUCUGUGGCGCACGCCUACAGCGAGCAGCUCUCGACCCUGUCGCCGGCCGAGAUGCAGCGCUUCGCCCAGGAGUUUGUCACCCUGUCGUUCAGCGAGGACGGAGCCCAGGCGGCGUGUUUCGUCAUGGGCAUCAUCCACGGAGCGGCGUCCUACCUCCCUGACUUCCUGGACUACUUCUCCUACAAGUUCCCUAACGCCCCGGUGAAGAUGGAGGUGCUCGGGAAGAAGGACAUCGAGACCACCACCAUGGCCAACUUCCACACUCAGGUGAAGCGGACAUACUCCCAGGGAACGUACCGGGCCGGGGCCAUGCGGCAAGUCAGCCUGGUGGGCGCCGUGGACGAGGAGGUCGGGGACUACUUCCCCGAGUUCAUCCGCAUGUUGGAGGAUUCUCCCUUUUUGGCGCGGACUCUGCCUUGGGGAACCUUCUCCAGUCUGCGGCUGCAGAGCCCCACAGAGAGCGACGACGGCCCCAUCAUGUGGGUCCGACCCGGAGAACAGAUGAUCCCCUUGGCCGACAUGCCCAAGUCUCCCUUCAAAAGGAAAAGGUCCACCAACGAGAUCAAAAACCUGCAGUACCUGCCCAGAGCCAGCGAGCCCCGCGAGAUGCUGUUCGAGGACCGGACGCGAGCCCACGCCGAUCACAUCGGUCAGGGCUUCGAGAGACAGACGACCGCCGCUGUCGGCGUGCUGAAGGCCGUCCGCUGCGGAGAGGAGAGCGACACACCUGCGCGCAUCACCAAAGACGUGGUGUGCUUUCACGCCGCAGACUUCCCCGACGUGGUCAUGAGGCUGCAGCUGGACCUCCACGAGCCGCCGCUGUCUCAGUGCGUCCAGUGGAUCGACGACGCCAAGCUGAACCAGCUGCGGCGGGAGGGCAUCCGCUACGCCCGCAUCCAGCUCUACCACGACGACGUCUACUUCAUCCCCAGGGGCGUCAUCCACCAGUUCAAGACGGUGUCGGCCGUCUGCAGCUUGGCGUGGCACAUCCGACUCAAGCAGUACCACCAGCACGACGCCGCGGAGGAGGAAAUGGAGAAGAAGUGUGCGCCUAGCGACGUCACUCUGCAUAUCAAAGAGGAGGAGUUGGAGGAGAAGGUGAUGAAAGUGGAGGAGGAGGCGGAGGAGCUCCCGUCACCGCCGCCCUGUAAGGAGGAAGAUGAGUCGGAAGCACUGAUGGAGGAGGCGGUGGUGGAAGAGGUUAAAAAGGAGGAGGAGCAGGAGGAGGAACAUUGUCCAGGUGAAGUCCAGGAGGAAGCAGGCACCGACUUAAAGCCACCGCCGAUCAGGAAGGAGAACCACAGCGAGGAGGAGAGGCACCUCAAGAGCACCAAGAAGGAGAGAGGGCGAUGGGAGAAGGAGGACAGGAGUAAAGAGGAAAGGGAGAGGAGUAAAGAGAAGAAGGACAAGAAUAAAGAGCGGGAUAGGAAGCAUAGAGUCAAGGAUAAGGAGCGGGAGAAGGUAAAGACAGACGUAAUGGCGGCGGUGAGGAAAAAGGACAAGGAGCCCGGGGGCGGAGGAAUCGGAGUCUCCGUUUUGGCUCUCAACUCCCGGCCCGAGGAGACGCGAGACGGCUGCAAACACAAGUCUUCGCAAGGCAAGAAAGAGAAAAACGGCCACCGGUCGGACGCCUCGGCGCCCAAGUCCGACGCCAAAGCCUCGCCCGACAAGCCGGCUCAGCUCAGACGGGACGGCAAGAAAGCCGAGCCCAAGAAGCCCCCCAGGACGCUCAUCACGUUCGAUCUGUUUAAGCCGAUGGACGCCCGCCAGACGGUGGCGCUCUCUUUUAAAACUCACCACCACCCGCACCGUCACGCCAACGCCAAGCCCGCAGACAACCGGACGCUGGUUCCCUUCAAAGGGAACAAAGUGAAAAGCGGGCCGCCGCUUCCGGACCCCCAAAUGCAGCAGCAGACAGCGCUCAAGCAGACCCUCAAAACUCACAAAGACUUCCUUGUAUGAAUGUCUGUUUUUCCACUGCGACCCUUUUCUUGGUGAGCAUUCCACACACACACAUGCAAACUGCUCUAAAACAGUUUGGGAUAUUCGGCUUUGGGGUGAAAUUUCAGGAUGACCCUAAAAUGCACUAACUAGAUCCUUUACAGGUGGAUUAAAUUUGCCCAUCUGGUUCAAUGUUUCAGUACUUUUCGCACAACGUGCCGCUCUCUAACAAGAAGCGCAACUGCUAAAUUCACAACAGUUUCCACUGAUGUGCCUUUCUGUGACUCCUCCAGUCUCUGUCGGAACCUGCCAACGUCACACGCUAUAAGAACAUCCGCUUUGAAGCAUUGCAGUAGCGAGGCUUACAGAGCUUCCAGUGUCACGAGACUGGAGGAGUCACAGAAGGGCAUAAAAGUGGGCAUCCUUGGAAACCGCUGUGAAUUCUGCCGUUCGGCACCUUGUUUCAGAACAGCGAGUUGUGCAAAAAAAGUACUGUUUGGACAGUUUUCAAAUCAAGUUCACCUGUAAUACUGGUCGUACUGCUUUUUGUCCUGAAAUGUUAACCUAAAUCUGCAAAUUUCUGUUCUGAAACAAGGCACUUGUUCCACAACGGCAGGCUGUGCAAAAAGUACUGAAACAUUGAACAGUUUUCCAGUUAAGUUCACCCGCACAGGUUGAAGUGCGUUUUUGCCCUGAAAUUUCACCCCAAAACGUCUCAAAACGUUUUCUGACUCGUGUACGAGCAGGAUGCACUCCCGCGUAUUCAAACAGAGGAAGACGAAUGUCAGCUAAGUAGCUCGCCUCGCAUUUGAUUUGUUUCCCGAAUGUACCGCCGGCGUGUGCUCAGUGC